AUGGAGGCGCUAUACGGGAGUCUAAGAGCGUUACCUCUCUCGGUAUCAAUUCCUCUUACAGUUGGUGUCACAAUCUUCUUAUCUGUCGUCACCAACGUGGUUCGACAAAUAUGGUUCCCCAAUCCCCAUCGCCCUCCAGUCGUUUUUCACAUCUUUCCCUUGAUCGGAAGCACUGUUCAAUAUGGUAUUGAUCCGUAUAAAUUCUUCUUUGACUGCAGAGCCAAGUAUGGAGACUGCUUUACCUUCAUCCUGCUUGGUAAAUCGACGACUGUAUUUCUUGGGCCCAAGGGCAAUGACUUCAUCUUGAAUGGAAAGCAUGCCGAUCCCAACGCUGAAGAUGUUUACGGAAAACUCACUACACCUGUUUUUGGAGAGGAGGUUGUGUAUGACUGCUCCAAUGCGCGGUUCAUGGACCAGAAGAGGCUUCUCAAGCUUGGCCUAACCACUGAAUCUCUACGGUGUUACAUCCCCAAAUUCGUCAAAGAGGUUGAAGACUAUGUCCACACCUCACCUUACUUCAAAGGAAAUACAGGAAUCGUCAACAUCACAGAAGUCAUGGCCGAGAUCACCAUUUACACCGCUUCAGGAUCUUUGUUAGGAAAUGAAGUCCGCGCCAUGUUUGAUAGCACAUUCGCCACUCUCUACCGUCACCUUGAUGACGGCUUUCAGCCCAUCAAUUUCAUCAUGCCAGGUCUUCCACUACCCCAGAACUUCAGGCGCGACCAUGCAAGAAAGACCAUGGAAAAGCUGUUCAGCGACAUCAUUCGUGAGCGUCGCGAAAAAGGAAACCAAGGUGAUGAGACGGAUAUGGUCUGGACGCUUAUGAAUGCGCAGUAUAAAGAUGGCAAGGAUCUUCCAGACCAUCAUGCCGCGAGGAUGUUGAUUGCUAUCUUGAUGGGUGGUCAACAUAAUACUGCUGCUAGUGGUGCUUGGCUUCUUCUCAACCUUGCGCAUAAGCCCCAUCUUGUUCAAGAGUUGUACGAUGAACAGGUGGCUGUCUUAGGUUCGCCUCAAGAACCCUUGACGUGGGAGAACCUCCAGAAGUUGACUCUCAACGGCCAAGUUAUCAAGGAAACCCUCCGUCUUCACAGCCCUAUCCACUCCAUCCUCCGACAAGUCAAGCAACCCAUGCGUGUACCCGGUACAGACUGGGUAGUACCUCCGUCCCAUACACUUCUAGCGUCUCCUGGUACCAUUGCUCGUUCAGAAGAGUUCUUCCCUCGACCAUCCGAAUGGAAUCCUCAUCGCUGGGACAAAAUCGAGCCUCUUGAGAAGGACGAUAGAGAUGCUCAGACAGUCGACUACGGCUUCGGUAUGAUGAACAAGUCUGUCACCAGUCCUUAUCUACCUUUUGGAGCUGGACGACAUCGAUGUGUGGGUGAGAACUACGCUUACGCCCAACUGGGUGCUAUCGUUGCUACAUUUGUGCGAUUGCUUCAUAUCGAACAGCCUGACCCUAAGGCUCCCCUCCCGGAUCCAGAUUACUCUUCUAUGUUUUCUCGUCCUAUGAACCCCGCUGAGGUCCGAUGGACUCGACGCGAGACAGCGGAAUAA